AUAGAACUUUGGAGAAGGCCAGACGCAGCAGCAAGCUUAAGAGUGCUGAGCCAGGGUAGCAGAGACUCGUCCGUUGCAGUCAGGUUACCAUAACAUCUAGUGCCAGCAUGGAGGCUCCUAUCUGCCUAGUGGAAAAUGAGAAUCAAGAGCUGAGGGUGAAUCCCGAAGCACUAAACAUUCUUGAGAAAAUUACUCAGCCUGUGGUGGUGGUGGCCAUUGUAGGACUGUAUCGUACAGGGAAGUCCUACCUGAUGAACCGCUUGGCAGGACAGAACCACGGCUUCAAUCUGGGCACCACCGUGCGGUCUGAAACUAAGGGCAUCUGGAUGUGGUGUGUGCCUCACCCCAUCAAGUCAAAGUUCACCCUUGUGCUUCUAGACACAGAGGGUCUAGGUGAUGUGGAAAAGGGUGACUCUAAGAAUGACUCAUGGAUCUUUGCCCUGGCUGUGCUCCUAAGCAGCACCUUUGUCUACAACAGCAUGAACACCAUCAACCACCAGGCCCUGGAGCAGUUGCACUAUGUGACUGAACUCACCGAGCUGAUCAGAGCAAAAUCCUCUUCACAAUCUGAAGAAAUGGAUGAUUCUGAUGAGUUUGUGAGCUUCUUCCCGGACUUUGUCUGGACUGUUCGGGAUUUCACUCUGGAGCUGAAGUUAGAUGGACGCGCCAUCACAGCGGAUGAGUACCUGGAGAAUGCCCUGAAGCUGAUUCCAGGCAGGGGUCUCAAAGCCCAAAAUGCUAACAUGCCUAGGGAAUGCAUCAGGCAUUUCUUUCCACAACGGAAAUGUUUUGUCUUUGAUCGACCUACAAAAGAGAAAGAACUCUUAGUCCAUGUUGAGGAAAUACCAGAAGACGAGUUGGAUCCCAAUUUCCAAGCGCAAUCGAAAGUAUUCUGUUCUUACGUCUUUUCCAAUUCCAAGGCCAAGACCUUGAAAGAGGGAAUCAUUGUCAAUGGAAACAGACUGGCAACUCUGGUGACAACCUAUGUGGAUGCCAUCAAUAGUGGAGCAGUGCCUUGCUUGGAGAAUGCAGUGACCACUCUGGCCCAGCGUGAGAACUCCAUAGCUGUGCAGAGGGCAGUUGACCACUACACUGAACGGAUGGCCCAGCGAGUGAGGCUCCCCACAAACACACUCCAGGAUCUGCUCAAUGUGCACACAGCCUGUGAGAAGGAAGCCAUUGCUGUCUUUAUGGAGCACUCCUUCAAGGAUGAAAAUCAGCAGUUCCAGAAGAACCUGGUGGUUGCCAUAGAGGAACAUAAGGAAGAUUUCCUUCGACAGAAUGAAGCAGCAUCUCUCAGUUACUGCCAGGCUGAGCUGGAGAAGCUUGCAGAGCACCUGAGGGAGAGCAUCUCACGUGGAGCUUUCUCUGUUCCUGGUGGACACAGACUCUACUUAGAGGCCAGGAAGAAGGUGGAGCAGGAUUAUGAGCGAGUGUCCAGGAAGGGAGUGAAGGCAAAUCAUGUCCUUCAGAGCUUCCUACAGUCACAGGUUACCAUAGAGGACUUCAUCCUGCAGUCAGACAAAGCCCUCACUGAUGGGCAGAAGGCCAUGGAAGCUGAGCGGGCGCAGAAGGAGGCCGCGGAACAAGAGCAGGAGCUACUAAGACAGAAACAGAAAGAACUACAGCAAGUGAUGGAAUCUCAAGAGAGAAGCUACAAGGAAAAUAUGGAGCAACUACACGAGAAGAUGGAGACUGAAAGGAAGAACCUUUUGAGAGAGCAAGAGGAGAUGCUAGCACACAAAUUGAAGGUCCAAGAAGACAUGCUUAAGGAGGGAUUUAAAACAAAAUAUGAGGCACUGGGUGAUGAGAUAAGCCUACUACAAAAUGUGAUUAAAAAAAAUCAGAAUCCGAGUAGCUCAUUAGCUGCACAAGUCUUCGAUGGGUUUGGAAAUGUACUAAUUUCAGUAUUGCCUGGUUCUGGUAAGUUAUUUGGUGUAGGGCUGAAAAUUCUAAGCAGUCAAAUGAAAAAGCCAAAGAAUCCUUCUUAGAAAAUUGUAGGUAUGGUGUCUUUAUUCCUGAGAAUUAUUUUUAAACUCUGUGUCAUGUUAACUUCAUUUAUUAAGUUUCAAAAACCAAGAAUAUACAUAAGUCACUGUCCACAAAUUGAUGUCAAGUCCCCAUUGCUGAAGACAAUACCUACAUAACUCAACUCAUUGAACAUGGAGAAGUCAAGCUGGUGCCCACAGAACCUUCACCCCACAUGCUAACAUCUUUGGCACAGGGAAACACUCGGCAUGCUACUAAAGAAAAACAAACAUCAAUCAGCCACAAACCCUUUGAUCUAUAAGAGUGUCCUGCCUGCAAAGUAUGAUAAUACAGUGGUGACUCAAAACUUGGGAGUAAUCAGCCAAUCUCUGAUCUGACUUAAGGUCUACUACCCCAAAUGAAUCCCGUAACUGUGAGUGUGACCAAGAACCAGAGACUAAAUAGCCAAAUACUACUUUCCUAUACAUUUCAGCACAAAAGUAGCAAUAAAAUGACACCUAAUGUCAUUCUGCUCUACUCACAAAUCAGGGCCUUGCUCAGCCAUCAUUAGAAAACUUUCCUCGUGCAGCAUAUAGAAAGAAGUACAGAGACCCAUGUGAUGUGGGGGUCCCCUCUGUGUGCUGUGAUUACCAUUAAUGAAUAAAGAAACUGCUUUGGACUUAUAUAAAGGUAACAUGACUUCCAAAUUUGGGUCUAAGGAUGUGUUGCUUUGGAAAAGAGGUUCUUCUCUUGUUUCCACAGAGGAUGAGAACCUAUGGAUUGCUUCCAGACUGGUGUGGUUUCAUGGAAUAAGACCCCCUGAAGGAUCGCCUUGAACAUCCCUCAAAAAAUUACUUCGCCCUACUGCUGACUGAGAUGAACCUAGCACACAGGAUAUACCUUGAAAGAUCUG